AAGCAGCGAGCGCUGCCCCUCCCCGCGCCGGGGGCUCGCCCGCAGUCAGACGGAGGCAGCUGUCAGGCGAGGGAAGCCCGCGCAAGGCAGCAAAAGGCGAGCCUGGCCGGGGCCGGAGGCGGAGGAAGGGAGAGCCGCGCCAGAGCGCUGACGGGAGCAGGCGAGCCGCCCGCGCUGGCCCCGUGCCACCGAGAGGAGGGGCAGCGGAUCCCCAGAGCCCAUUAAAAAGCCAGGCUGAGCAGCAGCCAGGCGGAGAAAACACCUCCCUAGAAGGCAGCGGCGGCAGCAGAGGCAGAGCAGCCGGGGCCACCGCCAGCGCCUUCUCCAGCGGCCGGAUUUCGCCCCGCUUCUGCUCCCGCGCCGAGCGAGCGGCCCAGAGCGCGCCCAGCUCUCGGGGCUUCGCCUGCCCAAGCCCCGCAGCCCCCGCCCUCCCCGGGGCCGCCGCAGACGCAGAGCCCGGCGGUCGAGCGAGUGCGCGCGCGCGCGCCUGGAUGAAGCGGCGGGAGCGCUGAGCAGCGAAUCUCGGCCGCCCGCUGCCCUCUUCCCUCCCUCCCUGCCGGCCGCGGCAAGAUGAGCGCGACGCUCCCCAGCCUGGUGGCCUGGCUGGCCGUGCUGCUCCUGGGAAGGAUGGACCGCCUCGCUGACGCCUGCAGCUGCUCCCCCGUGCAUCCGCAACAGGCGUUUUGCAAUGCAGAUGUAGUGAUUAGAGCAAAAGCUGUUUCUGAGAGAGAGGUGGACUCCGGCAAUGACAUCUAUGGAAACCCCAUCAAACGCAUCCAGUACGAGAUCAAACAGAUAAAGAUGUUCAAAGGGCCUGACCAGGACAUUGAAUUCAUCUACACGGCUCCUUCGUCAGCAGUGUGUGGGGUGACGCUGGAUGUUGGUGGCAAAAAGGAGUAUCUCAUUGCAGGAAAAUCUGAGGGCAACGGCAACAUGCAUAUCACACUGUGUGACUUCAUAGUCCCUUGGGAUUCCCUCAGUGCCACCCAGAAGAAGAGUCUAAACCAGCGAUACCAGAUGGGCUGUGAGUGCAAGAUCUCCCGCUGCCCCUCCAUCCCUUGCUUUGUUUCUGCUCAGGAUGAGUGUCUUUGGACUGAUUGGGUGACUGAGAAGAACAUCAAUGGUCGGCAGGCAAAGCACUAUGCCUGCAUCAAGCGGAGCGAUGGUUCAUGCGCAUGGUACCGUGGAGUGGCCCCACCUAAGCAGGAGUUUCUUGACAUUGAGGACCCUUGAGUCCCCAGCGCCAUGGCAGUCCAGUAGCCAAUAGCAACAAAGCUUGCAAGAAAUUAGACUGGUCCACCUCUGACAUCAUUUCCUGGAAACAGCAUGAAAAUAGGGUCUCCCGGGCAAGCACAAUGGUGGUGGAAAGUGGGGCUAAGGGAGGAGAGGUCUAAGCCACUUACACAUUGCUUUGUUGGUUUCCUCCCUUGUGUUGUGUUAACAAGUGGUUUCUUGCAACCUGGAUCACACAAUUACCAACAUGCCACGGCAUGGGGAGGGGGAGGGGGUGCAGAAUUUACAGUACAAGUGGCUGAGAGAGGCGUUGCCUCUGAUUCUGUGUAGCAGGCCUACCAGGUUCUUACUGCCUUGAGAGGGCAGCCACUGCUGUAGGGACAGCUCCCUAUUCCAACCCUACUGGCUUCUGCCUGUGUAAAAAACUAUCUUCCCCUUUAUAUACAUGCAUGCACACACAGCACAAAUUAAACCUCUACCCUUGGCGCUUCAGAAUCUUUCCUUUCUCUGCCCCAUACACACACAGCUAGUGGACUGAGAGCAAAUAGCUUCCAAAACGAGAGGACCGAUUUGCCACAGUACUGGUGAACACUGCGUUCCCCUUUCUAUUGUCAAAGCAUCCUGCUACUGAGUGCUGAGAGGGCAGAGGGCACUCCCUGCUUUCAGGAACAAUGUUUUUGUCACUAGUUGGGUCGCAGUGUGAGUUGAUGGAUGUUAAGUCACCACCUUUGUGUGUAUGGGAAAGUUGUGUGCAGAUAUUGGCUCUGUACUCUGAAGUAUAAAUUUUAAUUAAGAUACUAUUCCCUUGGGAAGCUGAAUUACCUGUUAGGCCUCCCCGUCAAACAUUCGCUGUGUCUACUUCCUAUUGUGUUCCUGUCCAUUAAUGUAAUUCUACUGCCAAAGCCCCUCCCAGCCCAGUGGACUCGCUAUUCCUUUUCAGUAUUUGGUAGACCAAAGGAGUCUUUCUUCUCCCCCUAUUUGAAACGUCUUGUUAUGCAGAAUGGUGAUUUUUUCAAUAGGACUGAAGUUGCUUCAGGUUCUGUAGUCUGUCCUGUGUAGAAGGGAAGCUUUGUGGAAAGAACUGAGUUUGGGCAUCCCCCUCCCAAAAAUGUGAUCACAGGAGCCAGGUAGUCGAGGCAUACCCUUCUAAACUGUGAUUAUAAAUGUUCCCUUGGAGUCACAAAAUGGACACUGGCUGCCUACAAACCAUCCCAGUCAUCCAGCUCUUUCUCCAUAUUUUCUGAGCCAGCUUUGUUUCUUUGCUGUAGUUCCUGAGCUCUGUAUAGCUGCCCCUAUUUGCAAGACCCCAAAAUUAAUUGGGAGGGUGCCCGGAAGUACUCAGCCAGACCUCCCCCCCAACCCGUGACCUUUUCAUGCUGUUCAUCAAGGUAACUUUUUAAAAGAUGUCAUAUUGGACCAGUCUGUUUGAUUUUCAAUAUAUUUAAAAAAAAAAAGAAAAAGGAAAAAAAUCUGUUCAAUCCAAUAUAUGACUCCCGUUUUUGCUUCCUGUAUGGUUAUAUCAUAUGUGACAUUUACCUCUCUCUGCUGAUACUCUCUUUGAUUGUAAUGUUUUCCAUUUGUUUUGGCAAUCAGUUGUAUCAUUCCUGUGCUCUAUUAUUAUUAUUAUUAUUAUUAUUUUUAAAUUUCCUUGUUUAGCUGUUAGAUUUGCACUUACUCUUUUUAAAGGGGUUCUGCAUUGGAAGCUUUCAACAUACAGUGGGAAGAAUGUCAAAACGUAUGGAGGGUAGAGACCUCCGGUUAUUUCGUAAUGCCAGUGGUGGUAGUAUUUCUCCUUCUGUCUUCCUCUUCCUGCCCCUACAACAAGCACAGGCUUUUUCCAGAGGCUGGAGGCUGGCUGUGGUGUAUGACUGCUUCUUGCUAGCCAAAUUGCAGUCCCAUAACCUGCCAAGGAGUAAGAUCAGCUUGCCUUUCCAGUAGCUGUGUGAAAAGCAACCAUUGUGAAAAAUCUAUUUAUGGAAAAAGUAGUUAUCAAAAGCUCUUCAAUUGGUUUAAUUUAUCGCUGUGGCUUUUGGUGCCACGCCGAACCCUCCCUGAGACACACAAGCACACACACAUACAAAGUUUCCCUUUUUUCCUCAUGCCAGCAACUCAAAAUAUUUAAAAGAAAGUUUACAUUAUUUUCAAAUCUUUGCUUAGUAAGUAUGAAAAAUAAGUAUCUAACUUGCAGCCAUAAUUUAAAGCUUAUUGGGGAGCUGGGAUGUUGUUUGGUGGGUGGAGUAAUAUUGGGGGUGGGUGGACUUUUUUUUCUGUUGGAUUCUGAAAGCUGAGAUUUUCUUGUGCUGGGAACACAUGAAAGUUGUUGAAUAGACAAGCAGACUGUGCAUGUCUCAGACGCUUUGUAUAAUUCAUAUGUGGACAUUUGAGUCUUUGGACAAUAAACAGUAUUAUCAAAUAAAA